CCUCCAAAAAAGAGAACAGAAGCAGAGACAAAGAGAGAGAAGAAAAGGAGCAGAAGAGGAGAGUAAACCUCUGCUGGAUCCUGUUUCUGAUCAAACAUUUGCUCAUCAGUGUCACAAGACACCUCUGACUUCAGGACGUCUGUCUGAAAGAAGAAGAAGAAGAAGAAGAAUGAGUCCUCCAAAAAAGAAACAGGGAGAAAGAGAGGGAAACGAACAUCACUGCUAUCAGCUCUGUGGCAAAUCCUUCACAACAGCUGGAGAUUUAAAGGUUCAUCAACGCAUUCACACUGGGGUUAAAGCGUAUAGCUGUGACCAAUGUGAGAAAACCUUUGUCACAAAACGCAACCUAGAACACCAAGGAUGUGUAUACACUGGAGAGAAACCGUACAGCUGUGACCAAUGUGGGAAAGCUUUCACUCAGGCACAGAACCUGAGACAACAUCAACGUAUUCAUACUGGAGAGAAACCUUACAGCUGUGACCAAUGUGGGAACGCUUUUACCACAGCAUAUUGCCUGAGACAACAUGAACUCAUUCACACUGGAGAGAAGCCGUACAGCUGUGACCAGUGUGGGAACGCUUUCACCACUGCACAGACCCUGAGACAACAUGAACUCAUUCACACUGGAGAGAAGCCUUACAGCUGUGAGCAAUGUGGGAGCGCUUUCACUCAGUCACAGAACCUGAGACAACAUGAACUCAUUCACACUGGAGAGAAGCCGUACAGCUGUGACCAAUGUGGGAACGCUUUUACCACAGCAUAUUGCCUGAGACAACAUGAACUCAUUCACACUGGAGAGAAGCCUUACAGCUGUGAGCAAUGUGGGAGCGCUUUCGCUCAGGCAGGGGCCCUGAGACAACAUCAACGCAUUCAUACUGGAGAGAAGCCUUACAGCUGUGACCAAUGUGGGAAAGCUUUCACUCAGUCACAGAACCUGAGACGACAUCAACGCAUUCAUACUGGAGAGAAGCCUUACAGCUGUGACCAAUGUGGGAACGCUUUUACCACAGCAUAUUGCCUGAGACAACAUGAACUCAUUCACACUGGAGAGAAGCCGUACAGCUGUGACCAGUGUGGGAACGCUUUCACCACUGCACAGACCCUGAGACAACAUCAACUUAUUCAUACUGGAGAGAAGCCAUACAGCUGUGACCAAUGUGGGAACGCUUUUACCACAGCAUAUUGCCUGAGACAACAUGAACUCAUUCACACUGGAGAGAAGCCUUACAGCUGUGACCAAUGUGGGAGCACUUUCGCUGAGGCAGGGACCCUGAGAAAACAUCAACGUAUUCAUACUGGAGAGAAGCCUUACAGCUGUGACCAGUGUGGGAAAGCUUUCACUCAGUCACAGAACCUGAGACAACAUGAACUCAUUCACACUGGAGAGAAGCCUUACAGCUGUGAGCAAUGUGGGAGCGCUUUCGCUCAGGCAGGGGCCCUGAGACAACAUCAACGCAUUCAUACUGGAGAGAAGCCUUACAGCUGUGACCAAUGUGGGAAAGCUUUCACUCAGUCACAGAACCUGAGACAACAUCAACGCAUUCAUACUGGAGAGAAGCCUUACAGCUGUGAGCAAUGUGGGAGCGCUUUCGCUGAGGCAGGGACCCUGAGAAAACAUCAACGUAUUCAUACUGGAGAGAAGCCUUACAGCUGUGAGCAAUGUGGGAAUGCUUUCACCACUGCACAGAACCUGAGACAACAUGAACUCAUUCACACUGGAGAGAAGCCUUACAGCUGUGGCCAAUGGGAGAAAACCUUUAGAAACCGUACAGCUGUGACCAACCAAGAACGUGUACACACUGGAGAGAAACCGUACAGCUGUGACCAAUGUGGGAAAGCUUUCACUCAGGCACAGAACCUGAGACAACAUCAACGUAUUCAUACUGGAGAGAAACCUUACAGCUGUGAGCAAUGUGGGAAGGCUUUCACUAAGGCACAGCACCUGAGACAACAUCAACGUAUUCAUACUGUAGAGAAACCUUACAGCUGUGACCAGUGUGAGAAAUCCUUUGUCACGAAAGGCAACCUAGAACACCACAGAUGUGUACACACUGGAGAGAAACCGUACAGCUGUGACCAAUGUGGGAACGCUUUUACUCUGGCACAGCACCUGAGACAACAUCAACGUAUUCAUACUGGAGAGAAGCCGUACAGCUGUGAGCAUUGUGGGAACACCUUCACUCUGGCACAGAGCCUGAGAGAACAUCAACGCAUUCAUACUGGAGAUAAGCCGUACAGCUGUGACCAGUGUGGGAAAACUUUUUCACAACGUAGUUACCUUAAUGCCCAUCGACUUGUUCACACAGGAGAAAAACCCUACUUGUGUGAACAAUGUGGGAAAAUGUUUUCUCGGAGUAGUAUCCUUAAAGCUCACCAACGUAUUCACAGAAGACACAAACAUCACCGCUAUCAGCUCUGUGGCAAAUCCUUCACAACAGCUGGAGAUUUAAAGGUUCAUCAACGCAUUCACACUGGGGUUAAAGCGUAUAGCUGUGACCAAUGUGAGAAAACCUUUGUCACAAAACGCAACCUAGAACACCAAGAAUGUGUACACACUGGAGAGAAACCGUACACCUGUGACCAAUGUGGGAACACUUUCGCCACUGCACAGGCCCUGAGAAAACAUCAACGUAUUCAUACUGGAGAGAAGCCUUACAGUUGUGACCAAUGUGGGAAAGCUUUCACUCAGUCACAGAACCUGAGACAACAUCAACGUAUUCAUACUGGAGAGAAACCUUACAGCUGUGACCAAUGUGGGAACGCUUUUACCACAGCAUAUUGCCUGAGACAACAUGAACUCAUUCACACUGGAGAGAAGCCGUACAGCUGUGACCAGUGUGGGAACGCUUUCACCACAGCAUAUUGCCUGAGACAACAUGAACUCAUUCACACUGGAGAGAAGCCUUACAGCUGUGAGCAAUGUGGGAGCGCUUUCGCUCAGGCACAGAACCUGAGACGACAUCAACGCAUUCAUACUGGAGAGAAGCCUUACAGCUGUGAGCAAUGUGGGAGCGCUUUCGCUCAGGCAGGGACCCUGAGACAACAUCAACGUAUUCAUACUGGAGAGAAGCCUUACAGCUGUGACCAAUGUGGGAAAGCUUUCACUCAUUCACAGAACCUGAGACAACAUCAACGUAUUCAUACUGGAGAGAAGCCUUACAGCUGUGAGCAAUGUGGGAGCGCUUUCGCUCAGGCAGGGAACCUGAGAAAACAUCAACGUAUUCAUACUGGAGAGAAGCCUUACAGCUGUGACCAGUGUGGGAAAGCUUUCACUCAGUCACAGAACCUGAGACAACAUCAACGUAUUCAUACUGGAGAGAAACCUUACAGCUGUGAGCAAUGUGGGAACGCUUUCACCACUGCAUAGACCCUGAGAAAGCAUCAAUUUAUUCAUACUGGAGAGAAGCCUUACAGCUGUGGCCAAUGUGGGAACACUUUCCCCACGGCAUAUAGCCUGAGACGACAUGAACUCAUUCACACUGGAGAGAAGCCGUCCAGCUGUGGCCAAUGUGAGAAAACCUUUGUUACAAAAGGCAACCUAGAAUGCCACAGACCUGUACACACUGGAAAGAAACCGUACAGUUGUGGCCAAUGUGGGGAAAAUGUGUUCUCUGAGAAAAUCCCUUAAAGUUCACCAACGCGUUCACACUGAAGAGCAACUGUACAUUUGGGAUCAAUGUUUUAAUGUUUUAGAGCCAAGCUACUUUUUUUUUCAUGCCUCCUCUCCAUGUGCUGUGUUACUAUAGAGCUUCUCUCUGAAAUUAAAGACUGAUAGCAAUAACUGAAUCUGACUGCGUAGGUGUGAUCCAGUGGGGAGGAAGAGCCAAUAACUAAACAGAAACACGUUAUUAUUAUUAUUAGGGCCUCGGGGCAAUCGCACCGAGCACUGGUCCCAUACAGCUAUAGCUGUA